AUGCCCGGCCCUAACGGAGGAUGGUUUGUCGCAUCGACUACCUAUCGCCUUGAUGUUUCUCUGAUAUUAUGUGACAUGUGCCGAAUCGAAACCACUUUAUUCAAAACCGAAUACGAUAUCAUCAUCAUAAAGGCCACAUUUUCGAAUUUCACUUUCCUAAAUGCUUGUCGAUACUUCGUUGAUGUCGUAUGCUAUGGAACACUUAAUAUCUACUCGAGAAUUCUGCUCGAACUCUUGUAUGCUGCUGAAUUGCUAUAUCAGUACUCUGGAAAUAUGUACGAAUUACCUCUAGUUGAAGAGGAUCAUGGCUUAUCCAGUCAAAGCGAGAUCUGUUCUCCUGAUAUGGCCGAAGACGCAGAGUGA